GAGAGAAAGAGAGAGGGGGGACAAGGGAGUGAGGGAGGAAGAGGAGAGCGAGAGAGUGGGAGAUGGAGAGAUACCGGGAGUGUGAUGGUUUGCACUCUAUUUCAGUCAGUUAGGCACAGAGGAAACAUAACAGAGUUAGUUUGACGUAGAUUGCUCACAUAAAGAUUUAAACUACUGAAAGAAUGAAGACCAGAGGAAAAGGCAAUAAUAUCACAAAUAUCCAUAAAGGACAACUCUUUGCAGGACUUCUUCUGACUGGUGCUCAUGAAGAGAACACAGAAGACUCUUGGCUAUUCAAGAUUCAAGCGUGAUCCCUUGAAUGCUCCUUGACAUCAUCAAGAAUCCUCCCCAUUCUACCUGCAGCGUUUCAGCAAUGGAAGGAGUGGAUACGGCGUGGUGACUGGACCUGCUCUGGAGCCUGUGUGUGUACUCCGAAUGGUUACUGUAAUCCGAAGGCAUACAGAUGAAGGAUAUACAGAUGGCGUUCUGGUUCCUGGUAUCGAACUGAUGUCAGAGAUUCCAGCUUUUCAGCUGAAGAAGCGACAUCCAUUACUCCAUGAUAAUGACCUUUCAUAGACAGCUGAAUUGAGCCGCGACAUGUCCACUUACCGGUGAUCACAUGUGUCAUGGUGACUGGACAUCCAUGCUGCGGUAACAUCUCCGAUGAUUUAGGGUAUUGUUUGUUGAGGAGAAACUGGAGGCCUGUGCUUAGUUUACAAGUCAAUAUUGGCUGGAACCUGACUGAUGUGAAGACUGGACAGUGAAGGCCCUUUCCAUUAGUGCUCCCUGGUGGGGCAAAGGCCUGGACACUAUCCGGACGUACUGGCCUAUUCCUAGCACAUUUUGGACAUCACCUUGUUGCACACUGGGGAACCAACACAGUGCGCUGACAGCUUUUUCUUUUGGAAUACUUGCUAAUGGAUGGAAGCAGUUUUCCAUAUUUAGACACAUCAGAUACAUCUCAUUACCUUCUAGCGGGGAUAAAAACGGAAAGGGGCAAAAAGCACACGUUUGGAUCCAUUAUGGUUUAAAUACUCCAGUACUGUGGAAAAGAAGACUUUCGUUAGGUUUUCUGGGUUGGCUGAAUUGCUUCUUAUUUGGAAUAUCGUGAUAUUUUAAAUAGAGGAAGCAUCUGACAUCUGACCCCUUUUCCAGCUCAUCUGUCAAUGCAUACAUCUUCCUCAAAGCAACUAUUCACUGAAUACAGCUCUUCACUUUUGGCCGUGGAGCUCAGAAACAAAAGGCUGAAAUUUCUGGCGAGACAGCCAGGUGCUUUUGUGCACCUCUGGGAUGGACCGGCUGUGAAAGGAAAACCCAUACUGGGAGGGCUCUGCUGGAGCGGAAACACCUCCACUGUCUAUGUUUGGCUGUGAUGCGUCUCUCUGUGGAUCCAGCAUGGACAGCCUGCCCUGAUAACACAGUCCUGGUAUUCAGAUAGUUUUGGGGCAAAGGGAUAAUGCAUAUUUUUCCCUGCCGUCAAAAAGAAUCCACCAUGAGCAACGUCACGGUCACCGACAACACUGAGCCCAUCAGCAGCGCCAUGAGUCUGUCGACCCCCGACCCAUACCCUGUUAGCUUUCAGAUAUCCUUGACAGGUUUCCUGAUGCUGGAAAUCCUGCUAGGUCUGAGCUCCAACGUCACGGUGCUUGCCCUCUACUGUAUGAAGUCAAACCUUAUUAGCUCUGUCAGUAACAUUGUCACCAUGAACCUCCAUGUCCUGGACGUACUGAUCUGUGUGUGCUGUAUCCCCCUAACAAUUGUGGUAGUGCUUCUCUCCCUGGAAAGAGACAUGGCCCUUGUCUGCUGUUUCCAUGAAGCCUGUAUCUCCUUUGCAAGUGUUGCCACUGCUGCUAACGUGCUUGCCAUCACCCUUGAUCGCUAUGACAUCUCUGUAAAACCAGCUAACAGGGUGCUGACCAUGGGUCGUGCGCUGGCGCUGCUGGCUUUGAUUUGGGUGCUGUCCUUUGUUAGUUUCCUUGUACCCUUUAUCGAGGUGGGCUUCUUUGCUCACGACCACGCUGAGCUGAACCAGACAGCGGCGGAGAAUGGGAUCCUGGGCAACGAGUGCUACACUGAACCCGGCCUCUAUUAUCACUUGCUCGCUCAGAUCCCCAUUUUCUUCUUUACGGCCAUUGUCAUGCUCAUCACCUACUCCAAGAUCCUGCAGGCGCUCAACAUUCGCAUAGGCACGCGUUUUCACGCAUCACAGAAGAAGAAGGCUCGCAGGAAAAAGCGUCCAUCCAUGACAGUCAUGUCAACACAACAAGAGGCCACAGAUGCAUCCCAGAGCAGCACCACCCGCAAUCCCACACUAGGCAUGCGCACGUCUGUCUCCGUCAUCAUUGCCCUGCGCAGGGCUGUCAAGCGCCACAGGGAGAGGCGAGAACGCCAAAAGAGGGUUUUCAGGAUGUCCCUGUUGAUCGUGUCCACCUUCCUGUUGUGCUGGACGCCAAUCACUGUUCUCAACACGGUCAUCCUAAGUGUGGGCCCCAGUAACCUCAUGUUUAGGUUGAGACUAGGCUUCCUGGUGAUGGCUUAUGGGACCACCAUCUUUCACCCCCUGCUCUAUGCCUUUACAAGGCAGAAGUUCCAAAAAGUCUUAAAAAGCAAGAUGAAAAAGCGAGUGGUGUCAAUAAUCGAGGCUGAUCCUACACCUAACAAUGCAAUCAUUCACAACUCCUGGAUCGAUCCCAAGAGGAACAAAAAGGUGACGUUUGAGGACAAAGAUGCGCGGUUGAAAUGUCUUUCUUCUGAGGUCGUGGAAUAAGGAAAGUCAUUAUCUAAAUGGGAAACACAGUCAUAGCAGCUAAUACUGACUUCAAGUCAUCAUGAAAAAGGGAAAAUUGUAUUCCAAAGCAGUAAUGUAAAAUAAUAUGUGCAAUAAAAUGUACAAAUGUAGAAGGUAGAUAAUUUAUUACUAUUUAUUGAGAAAUAAGUUGAUAUAAGUUUGAUAGAUGUAUCAUUGUACUGUAGAUAUUGCAUGUCCUUUUGUAACAGCAGCAACAAUACAUUAUAUACAUAGAAUUAUAUGUACAGAAAAGAUUAAACAAGAUAUUUAAAUAGAGAGAGGAUUAGAAAUUGUUAUGUAGACGUAUAUUUAUAAUAAAUUUUGUGUUCACAUCUGA